GCAAAAAAUAGGGCAGAAAUGGCUGUUUCUACCAAAUCUGCCUGAGCCCUUAUUUUCUAUUUCAAUUUAUACACAUCACUUUUUAUUUAUUACCAAUUGAGUCCUUUUCUCCAACCUACUUUUGUUGGUUUUUUGUUUUUUGCUUUCUCGAAAGUUCUUCUAUAGAUGAAUAGUUUCGGCCUUUGGUGAGUGACCGCAAUUGACCUUCUUCUCUGUUAAAGCAAUGAAAGGUACUCCAUUUCUGAUAUAGCUUUUCCAGAAAAUCUAUUGUUUCAGUAGCCAUUCAUCACCUAGCUCUUGAAUCUUUUAUCUAUACCUGAUAGAGAGAGCACGAGCAAUAUGAGAACUUGGCUUUUUGUGUUGACUGUUGAGUUGUAGUGGUUGUUUCAAAGAUGAGGAACAAGUCACCAUUUUUGUAGGGAAGUUUGUGUUCUCUUUUUGGCUUUUUAUGUCUUGUUUAUACUCUUGUGGAGUUCUUUGUAGAUUUAAUAUUCCUGUUGCAAAUAUUGUCUAUGUUUGUUGCACACCAGAUGUUUGUAGAUUUAAUAUUCCUGUUGAAAACAUAGUUUGAGUUGAUUAUUUUUUUUUUCGCCCUGUCUAUAUUUAUCAGGUGAGGUUUUGGUGAAAAAAAUAUGCAAUUGAGGGUUUUAGGGUUCGAACUGUUUGUUUUCAUUCAUCAUUUAUGUAAUGAUAUUUAGUUUAAACUCUCUUUUCUGGGUAUUUAGAAUUUGGUAACUUUGAUGAUUCUACCUUCUAAAUAUGUAAUCGUUGAUUUGUGCUUGGAUGAUUCUUGUGCUUGAGGGGGUGUGAAGUUUUGAGUAUGUGGUUCUCUAUGCUUGGUUCAUUUCUGGUGAAUUAAGUUUAUUUGAGCUGAUUUUGAGUGAUACAUUUGAUGCAUCUUGGUGGGUUGUUUUCCACGUUUUUGUGUUUUUGUAUGGGGAUUUAUUCAUGCAUGGUGCUAUUGGUUUGAACUGAAAUGAUUCCUGGUUUUUUUUCCCCUAUUCAAGUAUAUAUAUACAUAUAUUCUCUUUUGUGCUGCUUAAUUAUAUAUUGGUUUCAUUGGCUUGCUCCAAGUGUGCUGACUCUAACAUUUACUGAAUUUUUUUAUGCCAAUUUAUAUGGACGAAAACAGUAGACAAAAAUUUAAAGUGAUGAAUUCAAUGGUUAUUUGCUCAGAGUGGCCAUGUCAUUAUGUUUUGCUUAUAUAUAUACACACACAAACAUAAUGGCCAACUAUUGAGCUAAACUAUUCAUUUACUCAAAGUGAUGUGUAUGUGAGAUAUUUAAGCACCAUGAUGUCCAUUAAUUCUUUUCUUAGAUUUUUGUGAUAUUAAUUAAAAAAGUUUUGAGAAAGUACUGCAUUUUCUCGUUUUUGGAUUAUAUGUGCUCUGUAAUUGCAUUAUCAACCUGUCAUGAAAUUAAUAUAAUCCUAAUACAUAUUUAGUUUUAAAUAAUUAGAAUACUAUCUUUUUAACAAAUAACUAGGAGGUGCUUCUAUAUUUAUUUGGUACCAAAUUAUUUCAGUGCUUGUCUGUCUGCUUAUUUUACAGUGUAAUGUCUUUUUUUUAACCACCCAUUUUCAUUUGUAAAAGGUAUGAUUAAAUGCUUUCAAUUUCACCAUCCAUCAUGCCAGUUUCAAAUAAUGUUUGUUUGAAUCAAUUUGAUAGCUAUAAGUUGGUGUGUUGGUGAACCUUUCCAUAUACAUGCAUUGACAGUAUAAAGGUUCAAAUAAAGUUAUUCAUGUCAUGUCACAGUUUGUAGUUAUUGUGUUUUGUCAUUUUUAUUGGGUUAUUUAAAAACUUCGAUCAUUAUUUGAUCACUUACCUGAUUAAAAAAGACUAGAGUUUUUCUUCUCUUUCUUUUUUUUUUAAUGACAUAAAAGAGUUUCCCUAACAAUAGCCUUGAUAGAACAUUAGAGUGUAAGUUCUUUCAUUCAAGCUGUUGAUGUUUAAUUUUGUAUAUUCAUAUUGUGCUGAAUAUUCUUCUUAUUUUAAAAUAUUAUACUUAAUAUUCUUCAAUAGUGUGUUACUUUAUUUUAGUACUGGUUUUUGGUUGGUUCCUUGCUCUGUAAUGGAAGUGAAACAAACACUUUUGUUAGGAAAGGUCAUAAAACAGAAGAUAUGUCUUUUGACAGUGAUGUUUUCCAAGUAUUUCUUGGCUACAAUGAUCCUUAACAGAUUUUGAAGGAUGGAAGAAAGGUCCAAUGACAAUCUCCCAUCUUUGAAUGACUCAGAAUCUCAACAUACUCCACCCAAUCCAGAAAAAGGGAGUGCAAAAAAAACUAAAGCUCGAAAAGGAAAUUUUAGUCCAGAAGAUGACAACGUACUACUGUCAGCUUGGCUUAAUACUAGUUUGGACUCAAUCAGUGAGAAAUAGAUGGUCUACUAUCCAACUUGCGACAAAUAAAUUUUGUGGGGCCUUAGCUCAAAUUGAAAGAAGGUCUCCAAGUGGGGUUUCUGAGCAAGAUAAGAUUGAGCAAGCAAAGGAGCUCUAUCGAAGUAAACAUUCUGCAACAUUCAACUUUCUUCAUUGUUGGACUAUUCUACGUCACCACCCAAAAUGGCAACAAUUUGUGGUUGAGGGUAGUAGUGCGAAAACUAAAAGAAGAUCAAUAAUUCCAGACGAUCAUGUGCCAGAAUCCUUAGAUGAAGAUACUAUGUCACCAUAUGUAGAUGUGAAUUUAGAGGAACACAAUGAGAAGGCGGCCGAAAAGAAGCGAGAGAGGGAAGAGAAUGCCUCUUCCUAUCUUAUUGAUUUGGUGAUUGAAAUGAGAGAGGAAAGAAGAAGUGCAAAUGUUGAGAAAGGAGAAGAUAGGAAAGAGUUAAUUCGACUUACAAAAGAGAAGCUUGAAUUGGAUAAAGAGAGACUUGAAUUGGAUAAACAAAGAGAAGAGAAUGAAAUUAUGAGAAUAGACUCCUCAGCUUUAUCUCCAAUGCAGCAAGAGUAUUUCCAUAGCCUUCAGUUGGAAAUACUUGAGAAGCAAAGGUCUAGAAAGUCAUGAUUGGGUGGUGUAGGGCUAAUUUUUUGAUAUAAUAUAGAUAUUUUUUAUAUUCUUGAAAGGUAACAAUGCAACCUCUUUCGAGUGUUUUUUUGUUUGUUUGUUAUUUUUUGUUUUUUUUUAACAUUGUGGACUUGAUGAUCUAGUUGAUUGCUGCUCUAAAUUUUAUUUUACCAAAGAAA